UAGAGGGCGCUCUCCAAACCAGGAGAAAGGCUGUGUAGCGCCUGGGAACGGCCGCUAGAGGGCCACCUCUGUUUCCAGCCCGGCUGUUGGAAGCCGAGAUUCCCGCGGGAGGCGAGUCGGAGCGGCGGCUCGUCCUUCCUGCGCCGAAGGGCCCCGAUCGGCUCCCCCCCCACCCGUCAACAUGCUGGCCGGCAGGAGGGUGGCGGUGCACGUCUGCAGAGCGGGCGGCUUCCCGCAACGGGCCCGCUUCGAGCAGAGCAUCGUAGGCCACUACUGUCCGCCCCACGAAGAUACCGUUGUCGUACAUUGCGCAUUAAAACCUCUCCAGUUCCUCGUUUCUGACCGGGAGUUUCCGAGCUCCACGGGACUCCUCUUGAAGCGUCCCCACUUCUGCCCCAUCAAGCAUUUGACCCCAGAGCAAAGGGCUUCCCUCCCCACAGAGACUCUGCGCCGGGGGGUGGAUGUCGGUGUGGCUGUCCUCCUGGAGUCGGCCAGCGGAAAAGUUUUGUUGACCCGUCGGACGAGGACGCUAAGCAUCUUCCCCAAUACUUGGGUGCCUCCUGGCGGCCAUAUUGAUCCAGAAGAAGAGCUCCUGGAUGCUGGGCUGCGGGAGGUUCAGGAAGAGACCGGCUUGCAGUUGAAGGAUGGGGGGCAAUUCUCCUGGCAAUUGCUGGCCCUAUGGGAGUCUGUGUACCCUCCGCGGCUGAGCCAGGGGUUGCCCCAGCGCCAUCACAUCGUGGUCUUCCUGCACCUGGCCUUGCGCGAGAGCCACCAGGAGCUCCAGGCCAGGCUGAAACCCAAUGAAGCUGAGGUCGCUGCUGUCGCUUGGUUGGACCGCUCCACCCUAGCAUCCAUUGCGGCGACGGAGGAUGGAGCAGAAGGGGAGACCCCAGGGGUGGGCAGGGAAGCCCCACCCACCAUCAGCGUCAUCGAACUGGAGAAGGGCUCUGCCAAGACCCUGGUGAUCCCCACUGCCGCCUUCCUGCCCACGGCACAAGGGGAAAACGUGGAGCGUGUCAGCACCGGGACCAGGUACGCCCUCCGGCAGUGGCUGAACAAGUCCUCCCUCUGAGCGGUCAAGGAUGCUCAAACGCAUGGAAAGUAGGAGGAUCAAUCCCUGGGAAGCACUCCCCGGUCCAGCCCAUGCCUCUUGGCAAUAUUUCGCUCCAAUGAACAAAAAAUUCUUGGUUUUUGUUUUGGAGACCAGAAGAAACUGUUCCGGUCAUUGUUCAGUUGCCAAAAGAUAACAACUCUUCCCAUUACAGUUACUCCUGUGUCAACUUGCAAAUCAACUCUGGCCUGCUCUUGAGUUGCCAUAGGCAAGGGGGAUGAGAAACCGAUGGCAGCCACAAACAGAAGCACAUCCCAGACAUAUCUCUCUCAAGGCUGUCUCCCAGGGUUAUCCACAGCGGCCAGAGGGGAGUGAUCUCUACAACCCACAAAAUUUCUCCGGUUGGGGAAUGUGAUUAAUAACACACCCUGGGGGCUAGGAGGAGAAAAAGGGUCAUAAUUGGGCCAUAAAUUAUGUGGGGUCAGAGUUCUCACUUGGAACAUGCCAACAUGAAGCUCCUAAUAAAAUGACUGGGUUUCUUUUGAA